AUGGAUAUUACUGCCAAGAUGGAAAUCACCGUGUCACAGCAGCAGUUCUUGCCGCCCAGCUGCUUCUUCUCGGCGGCCCAGAGCCUCCAGCUCAGUCCGGUGGACAGCCAGGGGAGCCAGGGAAGCUCCAAGUCCUCCUCCUCCUCAUCCUCAUCCAAGCAGCCCAAACGCCAGCGGUCCUCCUCGCCAGAGCUGCUGCGCUGCAAACGGAGACUGCACUUCGCGGGAGUCUUCGGCUACAGCUUACCGACACAGCAACCGCACGCGGUGGCCAGGAGGAACGAGCGCGAGCGCAACCGCGUGAAGCUGGUCAACAGCGGCUUCGCCACGCUGCGCGAGCACGUCCCGAACGGCGCCGCCAACAAGAAGAUGAGCAAAGUGGAGACGCUCCGGUCCGCCGUGGAGUACAUCCGCGCGCUACAGCAGCUGCUGGACGAGCACGACGCGGUCAGCGCGGCCUUCCAGUCGGGAGUCUUGUUGUCGUCCCCCGGCAUGGUCGCGCAGAGUUACGCCGCAGCAGACAUGAACUCUAUGGCCGGGUCUCCUGUGUCCUCCUCGUCCUACUCCUCUGACGCGGAGGGAUCCCCCUCAUACGACCCCCUCAGCCCCGAGGAACAAGAGCUCCUGGACUUCACCAACUGGUUCUGAGCACUAAGAAGGAUGCUGUUGUUGACGCUUCAUCCCCAAAACAAAACGCCUCGAGGGAGCCCCUCGCGCAGAUCGGCGCGUUUUCUACGAACACUCAAAGCACCGCUGCGAUUGGCCUCCUAAUUAUAUGAUUAUAU